CCCUUUGACAUAUCUUUCACUGUGUAGCUGCUGCGUCGAAAACCCUCUUCUUUUGUUUCAUUCGUAUUUCUCGAAACCCUCCUCAUGAGUCAUUCUGUGCAGAUAUGAUCGCCGGCGAAGAAACAGCUACCAGUGGAGAUUAUAUUCCCAAUAAAGAAGUUGCAAUUCCAGAUUCCGACAAGUUCGUCUACCAAAUCCUCAACGGCCCAAACGAACAAUGCCAAGAGAAUUUCCGGAUGGACAAGCCCGUCUUCUACAAGCUCUGCCACAUCCUCCAAACGAGAGGCUUGCUACGCCACACCAACCGAAUCAAGAUCGAGGAGCAGCUCGCCAUCUUCCUGUUCAUCAUCGGCCACAACCUCCGCACUCGCGCCGUCCAAGAGCUCUUCGGAUACUCCGGCGAAACAAUCAGCCGCCACUUCAACAACGUGCUGAACGCCGUCACGUCAAUCUCCACGAGUUUCUUUCAAUACGCUAGUCCCGAUGUUGAUGAUCAAUUCGAUCCUUAUUUUAAAGAUUGUAUUGGAGUGGUUGAUUGCAUACAGAUACCUGUGAUGGUCGGAGUAGACGAGCAAGGUCCUUUCCGUAACUGCGAUAACGGACUGCUUACGCAGAACGUGCUCGUUGCUUCUUCAUUUGAUCUCAGGUUCAACUACGUCUUAGCUGGUUGGGAAGGUUCGGCUUCUGAUCAGCAAGUUCUCGACGCUGCUUUGACUCGGCCUAACAAGCUGCAAGUCCCUCAGGGGAAAUACUACAUUGUGGACAGUAAGUACCAGAAUCUUCCGGGGUUUAUAGCGCCGUAUCGGGGAGGCGUUUCGACCAACAACUCAGAAGAAGAACCCAAGGGAGUGUUCAACGAGCGGCACAAGCUGUUGCAUCGAGCGGUUGACAGAGCUUUCGGUGCCUUGAAAGAACGGUUCCCGAUCCUGCUAUCGGCUCCUCCGUAUCCUCUUCAGACACAGGUGAAGCUGGUGAUUGCAGCUUGUGCGUUGCACAACUAUGUGCGCUUGGACAAGCCAGAUGAUUUUGUGUUUAGGCUGUUUGAAGAAGUUACAUUGUUGGCAGAGACAACAGAAGAUGGAGGAAUGGCAUUGGAGGAGGAUGAGAGUCAGGGACAUGAACAUGGUUUGUUUGGACCGGAAGAAGUGGAAGAUAGUUUAAGGUUAAGAGAUGAGAUCGCAUCUCAUCUCUGGAACCACUAUGUCCAAAACCUGCCAACCUUCUAAAACUUGUCUUCUUCCAUCAGUGUUUUAUUUGUUAGAUGAUGUUAUUUGUUA